UUGACGUUUCUUUUUAACCUUAAACAAUUUUAUUUUUAUAGGUGGAGAACUGAAAAAGGAACAAAAUAUUGAAGUUGAUCACUUUAUGGGUUUUUUAAAUUUUUAAUUUCUCAUAAUUCAGAACAAGUACACACUAUCACAUUAGAAAUGGAUAAACUAAAAAGAGUUUUAACUGGAAAUGAUUCUCCUGAUGAAGAAAGCGGAAUUAUGGAUCAGUUCAGCGAUGCUGCAACAUUCAGUUGGUCUACAAGAAUUAAAGGAUUCAUUGCAUGUUUUGUUAUUGGAAUUGCAUUUUCAAUAUUAGGUUCAUUUGCAUUAUUUUUUCAUGGAGGACUGAGAUUGUUUGCAGCUUUUUAUACAUUAGGGAAUAUAACGUCUCUCUUCAGUACAUUAUUUUUGAUGGGACCUUUUAACCAAAUAAAGAAAAUGUUUGCCGCUACCAGAGCAUUAGCUACUUGUAUAGUGAUUAUAUCAUUCAUAUUGACACUCAUUGCUGCAUUUGUGCUAAAAAACCCUGUGCUUGCAUUGUUGCUGAUCAUUGUUCAAUCUCUGGCAAUGACCUGGUAUUCCUUGUCAUACAUACCGUAUGCUAGAGAUGCAGUCAAGAAGACCUUAUCAACUUGCAUAGAUGUCUAAACAGCUUUAAUCAUAACUGGUACUUACUUAACUUUGAAAUUUUCAGUUAGAACUACAUAGGUUAAAUUUCUACAUUUCAUAUGAAAUUGAUAUUAAUUUAUUUGUUUUAGUUUGUCUCAUGUUGGAUAUAGUCAGAACUCCAUUAAGUAUGCCUCAUUUCAUUUAUCAGAUUUUCUCUAAGUUACCAAAAUACAAUUUUCAUUCAAACAAUACAAGUCACAAUAAAUUUACUUUUAUUUUUGGAAUAAUGUAAUUAUGACAUUUUUUUUAUUAAUGAGGAAAGCAGACAAUAAUAAGUGCUCCUUAGCUCAAAAUGGUCCAAAUAAUCUAUUUUGUGAUGUAUUUUAUAAAUAAGCUUUGUAUUGUAUAUAAAACUGAAAUAUAUUUUCAAUAUUUAUGUA